CGCCAGAGAUUUUGAAUAAUGUGGGUGCCCUGCAUUUUAGGCUUGGAAAUCUCGGGGAGGGAAAGAAAUACUUUUUGGCGUCAUUGGAUCACGCAAAGGCAGAAGCUGAGCAUGACGAGCAGAUAGAGACAGCCAGCGAGAGAGGGAACACAAGCAGGGGGAGUGGGAGAGGAAGAAGCAGGCCCACAGCAGAGGAGCCCGAUGUGGGGCUCGAUCCCAGAACGCCGGGAUCACGCCCUGAGCCGAAGGCAGACGCUUAACCGCUGUGCCACCCAGGCGCCCCCAAACAUAAAAACUUCUAAAUGUAUAUUUUCAGGCUAUCUGCACCUAGGAGCCAUGGCUAGAGAUAAAGGAAAUUUUUAUGAGGCUUCAGAUUGGUUUAAGGAAGCUCUUCAAAUUAAUCAGGACCAUCUAGAUGCUUGGUCUUUGAUUGGUAAUCUUCAUUUAGCAAAACAAGAAUGGGGUCUAGGACAGAAGAAAUUUGAGAGGAUAUUUAAACAACCAUCUACUCAGACUGAUACUUACUCUAUGCUGGUGCUUGGCAACGUCUGGCUCCAGACUUUGCAUCAGCCCACCCGGGAUCGAGAAAAGGAAAAGUGCCAUCAGGAUCGUGCUCUGGCCAUCUAUAAACAAGUACUCAGAAGUGAUGCAAAGAAUCUGUACGCUGCUAAUGGCAUAGGAGCUGUUUUGGCCCACAAAGGAUAUUUUCAUGAAGCUCGUGAUGUAUUUGCCCACGUAAGAGAAGCAACAGCGGAUAUCAGUGGUGUGUGGUUGAACCUAGCACACAUCUACGUGGAAGAGAAGCAGUAUAUCAGUGCCGUUCAGAUGGUAAUAGUUCAUCUUCCAGGAAUUUUUUUUUAAUUAUUUU